AUGUUCCAAGCUGGUUUGGCUGCCCUUGUUCUGAUGUCCUGCAAAUAUGCCAAGACAAGCAAGCCCAUGGACAUGGAGAAGUUGAUUGUAGAGGUCCAGGACAGGCCCUGCCUGUGGGACAGUCGGUCUGUUGAUGAAAUAAAGAAUAGAUGGCGGAGUUGCCGGGACCAAUUUAGGAAGCAAAUGGCCCAUCAAGGCCGCAGUGGUUCAGGGCCGCUGAAGAAAAGGCCAUACAUAUAUAAAGAGCAGCUCAUGUUCCUACGAGAUAUAAUGGACGUGCAACCGACGGAAGACAACCUGGAGGAAGAGACUGAGCAGGCUGCCGAGCAGCAUUCUUCUGCUGCUGAGGAAGAGAAUCCCCCUUCCCUGGCCACAGAAGAGAUGGCUGAAGCUGGACUAUCCACCAGCUUCACGCCCCACAUCCCUCCUGCAGAGUCUGCACCUUCACUUCAGCUGGAGGCACGUCGGAAACGGUCGAUGCCCAGAGCUGAAGUGGAGGUCAAUACUCGGGUACUGGACUACUUGUCCAGAGUCCGGCAGGAGAACCAUUAUGUGUUGUAUGGGCGCAGUCUUGGAACCCUUUUAAAGAAAGUUCCAGAGGAUCUUUAUCUGCGGACCCAAGGCGCCUUUGGGAUAGUUAUUCAGGCAGCCACUCAGCCAAAGGAUCCUACAGAAGUGUUUAUAGCGCUUGAAAAUUGGCGCUUAUAUGGGAGCACCUAUGGGCCACCACCUGGGCCUCCUUCGCAGAUUCCUAUCAGGGCUCUCCACUACCCUCCUCCUCGGCAACCAUUCUCCCCCUCCACCCCAAUAAUAUGGCCACAGAUAUAG